UAAUUCAAAAAUGAAGACUUUUAUUUGCUUCCUGAUUUGCAUGAUUGCACUCUCAUCGGCUUACAUUGAGCUCGAGCAUGAAAAUGGUGGUGAUAUCCUCAAUCAACUCAAAAAGAGAAAUAAUGGAGUGAUCAUAGUCUUGUUCACUGCUCAAGCAGAGGUUGGGACCGAACUUGCCCAGAAAAACAAUGAUUAUGAAUUCCAUCUCAUCGAUAGAGUUCUCAAAAAUUAUCCAAGUUUCAAGUAUGCCAAAGUCAAUGCCGUUGAUAAGGCAUAUAGUGAACUAGUGAAAGCAACAGGAAUUAGCAUUUCUGACCUCUACGACUCUCCAAGCGUUCUCAUCUCUGAAGAUAGAGAUGGAGAGUGGAUUCACGGGGAUAUCAGUUCUACAAAGCUAGCACAGGUUUCUAGACGCUACAAUGAGAGGGUCAAUGAAUAAACUUGCUUAUCAUCCAAGUUCUUUAAUAUGAAAUAAUUCACACG